AAGUGUUUAUGUUGUUCAAUUUUGUAUUUAAUUAAUUGAUUGUUUUUAAUUUCCCCGAGUUUCCAUUAAAAUUUGUACUUCAUUUUAACUUUAAAAAAAUAAGUCGUAAUUUAGAGGGUCGGUUUUCGAUUAUAGGGGGGAUAGGGGUCAAAAGAUUCACUUAUUUACCCGAAACAGCCGAGCAUAUCUUAUGUUACUGCCUGGCUUAGAAGAAAAAAGAAGAUAUAUUUUUGAAACAAUAGACGGCCAAAUUUUUAGAGUAUAAACUUAUAAAUAUCUUUAAAUUCCUUAGAGGUAUACAAUUCAUAAGAGAAGAAUAUAACCUCUAGGGACAAAACAUUUCCACAAAAAGCUCAAAAACUUAUGAACUGAGGUGGAGAUAAAAAUAGAAUCAUCAAAUCACCCGACGCCAUUAAUGGAUGACGCCCCAUCUUCCCUUUUUCAAAUCAGCAUGAUGGCGAUUCGGGUCAUGACUUUUAUUCGUCUCAAAAUAAGGGAACCACAGAUCUAUUAUGUGUCCCCGGUUGAGUUUGAUAAUAUCUGGUUCGACAACAGUGGCCAUUCGAAAAGAAAAAAAAAUAAUUUAUUUUAUUGUUCCAUAUAAGAAAAACGAGUAAAAAUAUCCAAAUUGAGAUUAUAAAGAAGCAAGCUCUCACUUAAAUUUAUUAAGCUAUUAAAAUACAUUUCAGUUAUGUGUGUUAUUCUGAAAUAUUAUUAUUUUUACACAAUACAAUAAUGGCUGGAAAACAUAAUUGUUGAGAAGAAAAAAAAUAUUCAUAUAAAUAAGAUUAUCGAGUAAAGUGAAUUGUAGUAAAUAUUUGACUCCUAUUAGUUGACUUUAUUAAAUUAAAAUUGUGCUACAAUAAAUUUGUGCUAAAAUGAGAUGCCAGUAAGCAAUGAGCUUAUGGGGUUGUUUCGGUGGACUGUUUUGGUGUGAUAGUAGUAAAACAGAGUCUAUGACAAUAUCUGCAAUGGGAGCUCAGUCAUCCGCAGAACAAUUGGCCACAACAAGUGUUCAGCCAGGAAGUGCGGGAGUGUUGAUUCGAGAACGUCGUAAAAAAGUUACAGGAUUCGCAACACUAAAAAAGAAGUUGAUUCGUCGUCGAAGGUCAUCAAAAACCUGUGAUCACGGUAGAAUAUUACGUGAGUUCGUCUCAAGCUGGAGUCCUAUUGAAUUAUCUGGUUUGUUAGAGGAAUAUGAAGCUCUAGCAGCCCUCAAAGAUUUAUCGGUACAAGCUGAAUUGGCACGACCUCCGGCAACUACAUUUAAACAAGAUCUAGCAGACUUGUAUGAUUAUAAGUAUUGUACAGACUGUGAAUUAGUUUUCAGAGGGACCGUUUUUCCAGUGCAUCGUGCACUUUUGUCUGCACGUUGUCCCUACUUUCGUGAUCUACUAGCUGGUUGUCCUGGCUAUGGGGCACGUAUUUGCUUAGAGCUCAGAUCAUCUCCCGUAGAUGUUGCCCUUUUUUCAUCACUUUUACGAUACCUUUACACAGGAGACUUGUGUACUCAUGAGCCAGGUAUCGAUAUGGCAUUAUUGAGACGUCUAGGUGAGGAUUUUGGCAAUCCUAAUCCACUAGAACACGAUUUACGUUACUUGUUAGAAACCGGUGACUACGCAGAUGCAGCUCUCAUAUUUACUUCUGAAGGAACUGAUUAUCAUAGACCUGAUUCCGGAAGUUCCGAAUAUGGGUUUAGACCGAAGCUUGAGUUGCCCUGUCACAAGGCAAUCUUGAGUGCGAGAUCACCAUUCUUUCGAAAUAUGAUUCAACGUAGGGCCCGUAAUGUGGAUGAACAUCCAGAGCGGGCACUACACGUUCCAACUAAAAUAGUUCUUGACGAAAGUGUCAUUCCCAAACGUUAUGCUCGAGUACUCUUACAUGCCAUUUAUAUGGACUCGGUCGAUUUAUCACUGAUCUUACGGGGCACAGGCUGUGGAAAUGGAGUCGGUAGUUUGGGGGAGGUUCAGCAACUCACUCACACUGGUCGUCGACCAAGUGCUUUGGAAGAAGCAAUGGAACUUUAUCAAAUAGGAAGAUUCCUUGAAUUAGAUAUCCUCGCUCAAGGAUGUGAAGACCUCAUACUGGAGUUUUUGAGUCUUGACACAAUCGCUACCGUUCUUAAAUGGAGUGCCCAGGCACAUGGAUCAGCUUGGGUUCAUCGUCAAACCCAACAUUAUCUGCGUGAGGAAUUUUCUGCUAUCGUCGCAUCGCCUGUCCUUCAUCAAUUGGAUAAAAUACAGAUGAUUGAGGCUUUGCAAAAUAAUUUUCUGCAAGCGUCCGAGCUUGAAGUACUACAAGCUGUACUCAAGUGGGGUGAGCAUGAGUUAAUACGGCGAAUGGAGGAUAGAGAACCAAAUUUACUCAGUCACACAGCACACUCAGUAACAAGGAAGGGCAUUAAAAAACGUGAUUUGUCAGAUGUUGAAUUGAGAGAAAUACUUUCUGAAUUGUUACCGCAUGUGAGAAUGGACCACGUUUUACCUCCAAAUAGCGAGGUACUUACCCAAGCGAUUCGGCGAAGUUUAGUGAGUACACCACCUUCACACAUGAUAGGAGAUGAUCGCGAAAAUAUGAGAAUUAAUGCUUGGGUACGGGGAGGAAAGAACCAAGGACUAUUUGUCAGACCCCGUUUAUUCAUGCCAUACUAUGAGGAAGUAAAAGCUCUCUUGGAAGAUCACAUGGAAUCUCAUCAAAUUGAAUUACUAAGAAUGCGAAGGUCACGUCAUUUACCUGACAUACCAGAUACACUUUACAUGGUUUCGCGUCUCGGAAAGAAAAAUAGUAGUUUAACAGGUACUAGUGGAAUAGACAUAGGGAACGCUAUUGCAAUUCCACCUCCUGAUGCAAAUACAUUGGUAGCUAUGCAAAAACGAGAACAAAAACUUCGUCAAAGUGCAAGUUGUCAACGUGCUUUGUCACUGCCAUUAUCAUCGAGGCAUGAGAUAAAUCGACAAAUACGACUAAGAGUUGUAAGAGAAUUCAACCUACCCGAUGAUGUAGCUGACUUACUAGAGAGUUCCACCUGUUUUUGUGGAGAAGAAAGUACAACUAACAAAUUAGAUGGUAUUAAUAAUGUACAACAGCCAAUGGAGGAAGAUUUGAGUCCGCCACCUUCGCCAAUUGAGCCCCUUCCUACAACUAGUUCAACUUAUAAUAGUAGCAGUAGUAGUAGUAACAAUAGAAAUACAACAUUCCCAAGGAAUUUCUUACAAACUCAUCAGCAAUCUCUGGGCAAACGAAAACAAGAUCUCCCAUCUUUAAUAGUGGAAGGAGAAGCUGCAUAUCGAUUGUCUAAUGUCGAACUUGCUGAUCUGAAUGUUUGUUCCGAUGGACAUUUAUCAGAAGUUAUGCCAGAUGUUGCAAUGGCAACAGCAACUUUGGGGCAAUUACAAAUAGGUGAUGCUUCGGAGAGUUUACAACUUGACUUGGGAGAUGGACCAAGUCACUCAAUAGGAGCCGCAGGCGGUCUUGCAUUAAAUACUCAUCACCAUCGUAUACCUACACCAAAUAGUUUUCAUCAAUAUAUGGCAAGAAGUGGUUCGACUAAUUCAAAUCCUGGAGGCCAGGCAAGUGCUCGAUCGACUUCUCCAUCAUCCAGUUAUAUUUUGCAACAUCGACAAAGUCCAGGACCACCUAGAUUUUUAUAGUUAUAAAACUUAAAAAAAAACUAAUAAUGGUUUAAAUAAAGUUAAAAAUAAAAUGUAAAGAAAAGAAAUUAGACUUCUAGCACUACCAUUGAAUUUUGAAAAUUAUCUUUAAAACAAUCUAUGAAAAAUAUUUAAGAAUGAAAAUCACUAUACAAUAUAAAUAUCCAUACGAUUUGUCAAUAGAAAAAAUUUCAAAGGAAUAAACUAUUUGAUUAAUAUUAAAUGUUGAUUUUUAUGAUAAAAUAAAGGAAUACAUAAUAUCUGAACCCAUACUGGAUCUGAACAUACUUCUUGCAAAUUAAUUUUUAUUUUUUUUUUCAAUUCAAAGUUAAAAAAGACAGUUUAAUACAUAAUAAUUUGACUAUGAGUAAUACAGCAUUUACAAUUUUGCUGUUGUUCAAAAAAAUUCUUAUUAAGGAAAAUAAAAGCGAGGAGUUUGUAUCAGACAUUGAAAUAGCAUGGAAAGAAUUAUGUUAUUGAGGUACAUACAAUAGUUUGUAUUUGGCAAAAUAUAUAUAAAAAUAAGGAAAAUAAUAUGAAAUACUACAACCUAUAAAAUAUAUAAUAAUAUAUGAAUAGUAAAAAUAUAUACCGAUAAAAAUAUAGUA